CGUUUAAACCAAAGAGGAUGAAGACGUUUCCCGUAGCACGUGGUGUCCUGUGUAGAAAUUAGAUGUCUGCAGCUUAACAGCUUUCUUCAGUUUUAGUCUGCAGUUAUACGCACAGAGACGUUGUGCAGUGGUCGUUGUGUGUGUAGCUAGUUGUGGUUCAUCAUGGUUCGAGCAAAACGGGGUAAACAAGCACAGAGGCCAGAGAAGACAGAUGUCUAUGAUGAAGACGACCCUGAAGCCUACAAGGACAUGCCUGUCCCUGAUAAGAAAUCUGCGACGUACACAAAAGACAAGAUCGAUGAGUUCCACGAUGAGAAGAUAGCAAAACUUCUUGCUCGGGGUGUUCAAAUGGAGAGUGACCAGGAGGACGUGGACGAUGAGGAGGAAGUGAUGCCCCUGGAUGUUUCUGAGUCAGAAGAAGAAGAAGAGGAGGAGGAAGAAGAAGAAAAUGAGGAGGAUGGGACAGAUAUGGAGAGUGAUUUAGAUGGGAAAAAUGAGGAAGAGCUCCCUAAUGAAAUGGCCUGGGGCAAGAAGAAAAAAAUGUUCUACGAUUCGGAUUACGUGACCCCAAAAGGGAAAUCACAAGAAGAGUUGGAGGCUGAGGAACAAGAGGAAGAAGAGGAGGCCAAAAACAUCCAAAAACGUUUAGCUGCAAAUCUGAGUGAGGAGGAUUAUGAUUUGAACUUUUUUCAGGGAUUUGCUGUGGAGAAGGAUGAAAGCAAGACUGAGGAGAAAGAGGAGAGGAUUGUGAAAGACCUGAAGCAGAUGUCUCAGAAAGAAAAAAUGAAGCUUUUGAAGAAGGAGUCACCGGAGCUGCUUGAGCUUAUUCAGGACUUCAAGGCAAAGCUUACUGAGCUAAAGAAUGAGCUGCAGCCUCUCAUGCAAAUGGUUAAGGACGGAAAGAUCCCUGCAGGGAAGGGUGCCGACUAUCUCAAGACAAAGCAGCAACUUUAUCUGAAUUACUGCACAAACAUCAGCUUCUACUUGGUGCUGAAAGCAAAACGAAUACCUGCUCACAACCACCCUGUGAUUGAAAGACUGCUCACCUACAGAAAUCUCAUCAAUGAACUAGGUGAGGUAGAUGCUCGGCUUGCUCCAGAGUUUCGGCAGCUACUAGCUGGGGGAGAGAAAACUAAGGCCACGGGCAAACAAGCUGAAGGCAAGAAGUCCAAAGUCUCAAAUAGGAAGGAAAAGGAGUCUGGGGAAGCUGUGCAUGAAGGUGAGGAGGAGUCAGACUCUGACCUGGAUGAGGAAGAAGCUUUGAGGUUCUACAGAGAAGCAGAGGAACGGUUGACACUGAAGAGGAAGAGCAAUAAACCACAAGAUGAAAUGAUGGAAGAAAAUGAAGAUGAGGAAGAAACUGAUCCAAACGCAAAGAGAGGAAUCACUUACCAGAUGGCCAAGAACAAGGGGCUCACACCAAAGAGGAAGAAAAUUGACCGUAAUCCCAGAGUCAAGCAUAGAGAGAAGUUCAGAAAGGCUAAAAUCCGCAGAAAGGGCCAGGUCCGCGAGGUUCGUCAUGAGACGACGAGAUACAGCGGGGAGCUGUCUGGUAUUCGUGCUGGUGUCAAGAAGAGUGUCAAACUCAAGUAACCGAGACCAAAAUAUGCUGAGACAGAAAAAGUACCAGUGAACUGGAAUUUUCAAUGUUUAUUGUUGGGGAGCCUUGCCGGUAAAGAACAUAAUUAUCUAACUGUCAGUCAUUGUUUGAAAAUCUUGAAAUAUUGUUCUGAUUACUAGAAAGUGUGAAUAAACAUUUUAAAACCUGA